AUGUCGUCAACAGAAUUAAGAAAUCUAUUAUUGUUGGUACUAGAUAUGACCCCCGCCUCAUGGGGUUCUUGUACAAGUGAAUUUAGUUUGCCAAAUUGCAUUGAGGCAGCUCUUGGUUUCGCAAAUAGUCAUUUAAUGUUGUCUCCACAUAACGAGUUAGCAGUAAUAGGAGUUACACCUUCUGAAAUAAAGUUUAUUUAUCCAAACGAAUCGGAACCUCCAACUAGUGCUUCAAAUGAUGGCCAGAAUGACGCACUUAGCUGUAUGAAUAACGCUGUCAGGCAACUAGCAUUAAACCUUGUGACCUCUUGUUCUUCUACAAGCACACAAAUUGUUUUGGCUGGUGCGAUAAUAAAAGCAUUGUGUUAUUACCUUCGGCGGUGUCGUGAAUUGCAGCCAUCUACAAGGCAUUUAAAUGACUCUUUAGAGAUGACUAUGGAGUUUAGCGAAGGGAGUGAAAAGAUUUCUUCUCGGAUACUGAUUAUUAAGGCGUCUGAUGACAAUUCUUCUCAAUACUUAGCGUUGAUGAAUUCUGUGUUCACAGCUCAAAAGCUUCAUGUUCCAAUAGACACAUGUGUGUUAUCGUUACCACAACAGUCAGAUAAUUUAAAUAGCAGAUGUGGGCUAAGUUCUCUUGGACACUCAAGUCUUCUUCAGCAGGCUGCAGAUCUAACUGGUGGAAUUUACUUGCAAGUACCAAGAGUUUCUGGAUUACUACAGUAUUUGUUGUCAGUAUUUUUGCCAUCAUCUAAAAUGAGAACAUCUCUUUUACUUCCAGAUAGUCGAUCCAGUGGUGUUGACUUUCGAGCUGCAUGCUUUUGUCAUAAACGAUUGAUUGAUAUUGGUUAUGUUUGUUCGAUAUGUUUGUCUGUAUUUUGUGAGUUUAAUCCGAUAUGCCCUACUUGUAAUACUCCUUUUUUGUUACCAGCUGUACAAAACAUGUGA